AUGGCAAGGCAAAUGGACACAGAGUCUGCUUCUGUUUUACGGGGUUUUCGACCGAAUCUGUACAAGACAACUCUAUGCCUUGCUUAUCAGAGCCUUGGUAUUGUUUAUGGGGAUCUAAGCAUAUCCCCCAUAUAUGUCUACAAAAGCACUUUCUCAGGUGAUCUGAAUCUUUAUGAGGACGAUCAUGAGAUUCUUGGAGUACUUUCUAUCGUUUUCUGGACUUUGACUCUUAUCCCCCUUUGCAAGUACAUUAUAUUUGUGUUAGGAGCAGAUGACAAUGGUGAAGGUGGAACUUUUGCUUUGUAUUCAUCACUAUGCCGGCACUCAAGAAUGGGCCUUUUGAACACAGUUCAUCCUGCACAUGAACGUAUAUCUUCUUACUGUUCUGAAAUACCUACCAAGGAUACAAGAAUGAGCUUACUCAUAAAAGAAUUCUUUGAGAAGCAUAAGAGUUCUCGAAUAGUAUUGCUACUUGUAGUUUUCCUAGGAACUGGCAUGAUAAUUGGUGAUGGUAUCCUUACUCCAACAAUGUCUGUUCUUUCUGCAGUUUAUGGAAUCAGAAUUAAAGCUCCGGAUUUACAUGAGAGCAUGUACAAUAUCUUCCGCUGGAACCCUCGUGUUAUAGGUGCUUUGUCACCCUACUAUAUUUAUAACUUCUUUAGAAAAACUGGAAGAAUUGGGUGGAGUUCCCUUGGAGGCGUUGUUCUUUGUCUGACAGGUACAGAAGCAAUGUUUGCUGAUCUUGGGCAUUUUUCCAAACUCUCUAUCAGGAUUGCAUUUACAGGCCUUGUUUAUCCUUGCUUAGUCCUGGCAUACAUGGGAGAAGCUGCUUAUCUCUCCAAGAACAAAAUGGAUAUUAGUAGCAGUUUUUACAAGGCCAUCCCUGAGGUUAUGUUUUGGCCGGUACUUAUUAUCGCAACUCUUGCUUCUGUGGUGGGAAGUCAAGCAAUAAUUUCAGCUACCUUCUCAAUAGUCAGUCAGUGCAGGGCACUGAGGUGCUUCCCACGUGUGAAGAUCAAACAUACAUCAAAUCAGAUACAUGGGCAGAUAUACAUACCUGAGGUGAAUUGGAUGUUGAUGAUGUCAUGUCUUGCUGUGGUUAUUGGAUUCAGAGACACUCGUAUGAUAGGCAACGCAUAUGGGCUUGCUGGAGUGACAGUGAUGUUCAUCACAACCUGCUUGAUGUUUUUAAUUAUUAGCACGGUUUGGAAGAAAAAUGUUCUUCUGGCAGUCUUGUUUUUCGUAGUCUUCGGAUCUCUAGAACUACUCUAUAUUUCUGCCUGUCUUGGUAAAGUACAUCAUGGAGGCUGGCUUCCCCUCCUAUUCGCUCUUGUAAUUGUGUCUUUGAUGUCUAUCUGGAAUUAUGGGACCAUGAAGAAAGAUGCAUUUGAGCUGGAAAACAAGGUAUCAUUGGACAGGCUUCUAAGCCUUGGGCCAAGCCUAGGUAUAGCAAGGGUCCCUGGAAUCUGCCUACUUUACUCUAAUGUUGCCUUUGGUCUACCUCCAAUGUUUGCACAUUUUGUCACAAACUUCCCUGCAUUUCAUCAUACUCUCAUCUUUGUGACCCUUAAGUCUUUGAUGGUUCCAAAAGUUCCAGUUGUUGAGCGUUUUCAUGUAAACCGAAUUGGCCCACCAGAGUUAUCUAUUUUCCGGUGUAUUGUAAGGUAUGGAUACAAGGAAGUGAGAGAUUGCUACAACUUUGAAACCCAACUGAUUGAAAAGGUGGCAGAGUUUUUGAAACAGGAGAGUACUAUUGAAGACAUGACAGUUAGAGGGCAGUCACCAAACCAUAUAUCUGCUGCAGUGGGAAACGAGGUUUGUCAUGACAUUGCUGAGCAGCGGAGGAAGGAGGUUAGUGGGGGCAGUGGUGAGCAGUGGAGUAACACAGGGUUUCAAAGUUUGGGAUCCUGUCAGGAGAUGAAGAAACUCAUGGAGGCAAGGGAAGCUGGUGGCGUGGCCUACAUGAUGGGCAAUCCUUAUAUUGUGGCAAGUGGGGUAUCACCAUUCCUGAAGAAGUUUGCCAUUAACAUUGUCUAUGGUUUUCUGAGACGGAAUUGCAGGCAUCCAGCAAUUGCACUUGGAGUUCCACAUACCUCACUGCUUGAAGUGGGAAUGCUUUAUCAGGUGUAA